UUGAAAUUGUUGAAAUUGUCGGGUGCGGACUGCGGAUGUGAUCUGUCAGCCAAGAAGUCCAAAAACAUUCGUUUCCUUUCGAGUGUGGAUCGAUUGUUUAAUUCUUCUAAUCUCGAAGUACCUAGCAUUACGAUGAGCAAUCCUAACGCAAAAAAGAAUAAAGAAGAUUCCAACCGAGAGGUUAGCGACCUGGACAUUUCGAAAGAAGCGAAAACCAUGAUCGAAAAAAUAUUAGGGGAUGUUAGCAAAACCUCCGCUACGAAACAAAUCGUUAUCGGCACCACAUCAGGAUGGAUGACCGGUUUCUUGACGAUGAAAGUUGGGAAGAUGGCAGCUUUUGCAGUAGGCGGGGGCAUAAUCAUUCUUCAAAUUGCAGCACACCAAGGUUACAUAAAAAUCAACUGGGAUCAAAUUCAAAAGAAAGCCGACAAAAUCGCAGACAAAGUGGAAGAGAGAGUCACUGGCGAGGGACCCAAAUUGCUGGACAAGAUGGAGAGGUAUGUCGACAAAAAGUUGGAUAAAGCUGAGCAGCUUUUGAAAAAUGGCGAGUCUCGCACUCGUCGUUGGUACCAUUCAAUAACUGGUGAUUCCUCUUUCAAAGUAAAAGAAAUUCACAUCUUCCUAGCAGCAUUUGGAGCUGGUGUCGCUAUUGGCCUCGCUUCAGCAAACUAGGUAACGCAAUGCUGUACUCUGAAUGUAAGUACGAGAUUUCACUCGAGACUUUUGGAAACCUUCAGUUUGGAUCGGCACAAUACUGGCGACGAUACAACAAACGAACUCGCCAGUAUUCACGAACGAAGAGAAUGGUUCUUAGAACAUACGCAAAAAAAUUCGUAAAGAAACAGAACUUUUCUAACAUAUAUCUUUGACAAAGAAUCCAAGUUUUUGCUAGAUUACAGAUUGGAAGUUUCAGGAAAGACGAUUGGCUAUUUUAAUAAUUAAUCAAUUGUUUAAAUCUGACUUUUACAUCGGAUUCGAAUUUAUGGCCUUAUGAAGAUUGAAUAGGGAUGAGAAAUUUGAAAAAAUGAUUUGCUGCCAGUUAAUUUGUAGAAAAUAUACAAUAAUGAGUAUGCUAAAUAUUUAAAAACUAGGAAAGUGCUUCAAAUUUAAGAAGCAUGUAGAAUUCAGUGUUUCAGUAGAUCGAAGUGUAAUUUUAGUGCCCGUCUCUGCCUUUGAUAUUUUACUUUUUCAGGGAAUUUCGUUUAACGGAGAAAAUCCGGAAAAUUAAAAAAAAAAAUUAUUACUUUGACUUGGAACGGGGAAUAUUAGAAAAUAAUUAUAAUUCUAUUUUGAAACAGGAAAUUUUCGAUACAAAAUUGUGAGUCAGAUCUGGAGUAAGACAUUUUUCACAAUAAUUACAAUUUACUUAAAGAGGAGAAUUUUCGAAAAGCAUUUUGAUUCUAAUUUGGAACAGGGAAUUUUUCCAUAUCCAUGUAUAUAUUCAUAUCUGACUCAAAAGUUUUGUUAGAAAAUUCCCUGUUUCAAAUCAGAAUCAUAAUUAUUUUCGAAAUUUCCCAGUUCUAAAUCAGAAUUUAGAAUUUGGAACACAGCAUUUUCUAAAAAGAAUUAUGAUUCUGUUUAGAAAUAGGGAAUUUUCGAAAAAAAAUUAAUAAUUCAGAUCUGGAAUAAAGAAUUUUCCAAAAGAAUUAAAAUUAUUCACAUCUAAGCAACAAAUUUGUCAAAAUAAUUUCUGAUUUGGAACAUGACAUAUUUACGUAAAGAUUAUAAUUCAGAUCUGGAAUAAGGAUUUUUUAAAAAAUAAUUACAAUUUUUACUUGGAAGAUGGCAUUUUUUUAAAGACUGAUCAUUCUGAGUUGGAACAAGGAAU